CCCUCCCUCUCCUUGCCCGCGUGGGCUGCCCGCCCCCGCGCUGCCUCAUCCGCGGGGGGCAGCGUGCGGGUCCCCGGGUAUCCAUGGCGAUAGGAGGCUGCUUCCCCCCGCGCCCCCUCCCCUUCUCCGCUGCAGCCGGCGAGCAGCCGCAACCGGCGCGGCGGCACCGCGGCGGCGGCUCCGGGGCUCCAGACCGGGCAGGAGGGACGGAGCGAGGGACGGGGCGAACUGCGCCCCCUCCCCGGGCAGCAGAUCGCCUCCUGCACGGCAGCGAUGCAGCCCCCGGAGCCGGGUCGGGCCGGCGGAGGCCCUUCCAAUGGCACCUGGUGGCCCAACUCCAGCGCCAGUGACCUCCCGGGGGAGAACUACACCUUCCUGGCGUACUACCAGCAUUCCUCCCCCGUGGCCCUCAUGUUCAUCCUGGCCUACACCUUCAUCUUCCUCAUGUGCAUGAUCGGCAACGUCCUGGUGUGCUUUGUGGUGGUGAAGAACCGCCAGAUGCGCACGGUCACCAACAUGUUCCUCCUCAACUUGGCCAUCAGUGACCUGCUGGUGGGCAUCUUCUGCAUGCCCACCACCCUGGUGGACAACCUCAUCACAGGUUGGCCCUUUGACAACACCAUGUGCAAAAUGAGUGGCCUGGUGCAGGGCAUGUCCGUCUCCGCCUCUGUUUUCACGCUGGUCGCCAUCGCUGUGGAGAGGUAUGUUGGCAUGGAGACAUGGGGACGUGGGGACCAAGCAAUCUCCAGCAGGUCCAGAUGCCCCGUGCGGUUCCCAUUGCGGGAAAGCUCCUGGGAAUGUCAGGAGCCUGUCACAGCCCUCCAGGAGGACCACAAAGCUGUCCAUGGGGCAUUCCAGCAAGGUGUCCUUCCCCACACUGGGCUGAAAACACCAACUUAUCUCUGCCACCAAAAGACACGUGUAAAAAGCAACCUACCUCGCCCUCUAUUCCCACCCUUGCGUCCUGGCUGUCCUCCUUCCCCAGUUAUGUCCCCACCGGGUGCCCAAAGCUACCACCAGCUGUUCUCCCACAGGUUUCGCUGCAUCGUCCACCCCUUCCGGCAGAAGCUGACGCUGAGGAAAGCCCUGCUGACCAUCGCCAUCAUCUGGGUGCUGGCCCUGCUCAUCAUGUGCCCGGCUGCCAUCACCCUGACUGUCACCAGGGAGGAGCACCACUUCAUGGUGGACACCUACAACAACUCCUACCCUCUCUACUCCUGUUGGGAGGCCUGGCCUGAGACGGGGAUGAGGAAGAUCUACACCACCGUCCUCUUCUCCCACAUCUACGUGGCUCCCCUCGCCCUCAUCGUCAUCAUGUACGCCCGCAUCGCCUUCAAGCUCUUCAAGUCGGUGGCGCCUGCCCACGGCGGAGAGGAGAUGGAGGGGAGGAGGAUCUCCCAAAGGAAGGCCAAGGUCAUCAACAUGCUCAUCAUUGUUGCCCUCUUCUUCACCAUCUCCUGGCUGCCCCUCUGGACGCUGAUGCUGCUGACGGACUACGGGCGGCUGAGCGAGGCCCAGCUGCGCCUGCUCACCGUCUACGUCUACCCGUUCGCACACUGGUUGGCCUUCUUCAACAGCAGCGCCAACCCCAUCAUCUACGGCUACUUCAAUGAGAACUUCCGCCGGGGCUUCCAGGAGGUCUUCAGGGCCCCGCUCUGCUCACUCCACUGCCAGCGCAGGCCCUACACCCCCCGGAGCCACGGCCGUGGGACCCUCUUCGGGACCCGCAACCGCAUCUUCACCCAGGUGCGAACCAGCGACUCACCAGCCGUGUCCGAGCCAGGGCCGCUGGCCCCGCGCCGUGCUGGCGUCCCUGCGUGGGACGGCUGAGGAGAUGCGGCCAACAAACCCCUCUGGAGCGGGGGCUUGCGGGGUGGGGAGUGGGGAUUUGCCAAGUUACGGCCACAAGACAUGGAA